CUCAUAGGUUUCUCGCGGUGAUGACGUAGGCUGUUCCUUUUUAGGCAAUAGGCUGAGCGGCACAAGGUGAGCUCAUUACAGCCUUCCUCUCAGGCUCAGAGCUCAUCAGAGAAAAAGCGGAGCACAAACGACGAGGCAAAGCGCUCCGACUGCUGCUCAACAUUAUUUAUCUCGUCUACAGACGACACUGGGGAUAUCUUGUCACCUUUUAUCACUAUUGUUUUUAAUUCAACCUCUUCCCUGUGCUUUUCGAUACAAUGGCAAACACUGGAAGAUCCUGCCGGGCCCACUUUGAUUCCCAAUAAACAAUUUGAUCACAGAAAUGCUUCUUUAUACGUGAUGCAAACCAUGUUUCGUUUGGAGCCGAUGUCUGGAUGUGGAUUACAGGAGCCCCGCAAACGGAUGGUGAUGUAGCCUGGUCUUUCAGAGCAGCUUGGACCCAGUGGAUUUCCCUGAUCCGACAUCAGAACACUCGGACGAUCGAAGAUUGUUGCGGGAGGAGUGCGGGGGGUGUCGGGAGGACACAACUAGUGAAAUUCUAAUCAGCUGGACCGGGACAAUGCUACACUGUGCCGACUGUGAGAAACCUAUUCUGGACAGGUUCCUGCUCAAAGUUUUGGACAGACCGUGGCACAUCAAGUGUGUCCAGUGCUGCGAAUGCAAAUGUAGUCUGACAGAGAAGUGCUUCUCUAGGGAUGGGAGAUUGUAUUGUAAGAAUGACUUCUUUAGGAGAUUUGGGACCAAGUGUGGAGGUUGCUCACAGGGGAUUUUGCCCAGUGAUCUUGUCCGCAGGGCCAAAAGCAAAGUGUUUCACCUCAACUGUUUCACCUGCAUGAUGUGUAACAAGCAGCUGUCCACCGGAGAGGAGCUGUACAUCCUGGACGAGUUCAAGUUUGUCUGCAAGGAGGACUACCAGAACAACAACGGGAAGGACACGAUCCUCCUGUCAGUCACGACGUGCAGCGACCCGAGCCUCUCACCGGACUCGCAGGACCCGCAGGACGACGGGAAGGACUCGGAGGGCGGACACGCGUCCGACAAGGAGGCGUGCGGCAACGACAACGACGAGCAGAGCGCCGUCGGCAAGCGGCGCGGGCCCCGGACCACCAUCAAGGCCAAGCAGCUGGAGACGCUGAAGGCUGCGUUCGCGGCCACGCCGAAGCCCACCAGGCACAUCCGGGAGCAGCUGUCCCGGGAGACCGGCCUCAACAUGAGGGUGAUCCAGGUUUGGUUCCAAAACCGGAGGUCCAAAGAGCGACGCAUGAAGCAGCUGAGCGCGCUGAGCGCACGGAGACACGUGUUUUUCCGGAGUCCGAGGAGAAUGAGAUCUCUAGGAGAGAGACUGGAACCAGGAGAGCUUGGCCAUUUCUCUUAUUAUGGAGAUUAUCCGAGCGAAUACUACGGCCCAGGUGGGAAUUACGAAUACUUCCAAGGCCCCCCUUCGUCCCAGGCUCAGACCCCCGCAGACUUGGGCUUUGUGCCCUCGACUGUCCCCGCCGGCACCCCGUUAGGAGCCAUGGACCACCACCAACACGCAGGAGUGGGGCAGCACCACUGCGGCGCAGACGUGCAGUGCUUCUCGGACGGCGCGUCGCACCACCCCGCGGACUCGCCCAGCCCGGAGCCCAGCGGGCCCGGCUCCAUUCACAGCAUCUCCAGCGAGAUGUGCGGGCCCGGCACGCCGUUCACGGCCGUGUCUCUCAGCGACAAUGGAUACACAAACCAGCUGUCACAGCCGUCCUCGGAACUGAGUGAAGGCACCGCCUGGUAAUCCAGUUAAAACAAAGCACACUUUAUUUAUUUAUUUAUUUAUUUAUUUAUUUAUUUAUUUAUUAAGGCACUUUCUUUCUUUUUCUUUUUUUGGGGGGGGAGGGGGAGUGAGAGGGGGAAACAAGACACAUAUUAAAAAGUUUAAAUGUGAACGUCUGCCAGCAUUUCUCAAGUUCCAGGCCUCACAGACCAAGCAAUAAGCAAAAGCAACUACAGGGAACUUUAGUUAGUUUCAGAAGUUGGGCAGCAACAGUCACCAUAAAAGCAAUCUUGUAAUUCAACCUUAUCAAAAUUCAGUUUUACCAAGUCAGUCUGGCGGUUUUAAAGGACACCCAAAGGGUGUCGGGUGAGACUGGCUGAACCUACAAAACCUGCGACAAACCUUCAAAUCCAUGUUCAAAUAAAUAAAUGUGAUAUUUGUGUUGAGAGAAAGAUGUGAAGCGCUUCUAUUCCCUUUGUUUACAUUGCACUUUGUCUUCAGUUGAUGGAUAAAGAAGUUUUAGAAUAUUAUUUUACAUGACCAUCUUGGAGUCUUUUGCAGCACUGUCUACUCUGAGAUGUACUUGUCUGAGAUUCUGACAUGAACAUGCAUGAUGUACUGUAUAUGUUUUAUACAAACUGAUUCACAGAACUUUGUCUCUUUGUAUUGAUGUACAAUAGGAUUUUAUCAUUUAGUGACAAAUCACAAACUAUGACUGUGACGUCCAAUAGAUCAAUACAGUACGUCUCUCAGGACUGUGAUCAGAUUUGGUUUUUUUGUAACGUCUUUACAUGUCUGCCUUCAGAAUGAUAUCUUUGUAAGUCUGAUGAUUUUAUAUUGGUGAAGAACGAUGAUUUGGCUUGGACAUGAGUCCAGCUGUAAGUGGAGUUAUGAAGAAAUAUUGUAGCCUACCUACAGAACAGUAAAUGGUUUUCUGAAAGCUC